AUGAAUGGCUUCGAAGAAAAGGGCCUCGACGAGGAUUCCUUUGGAGAAAAGUCCAAUCUUUCAGGAUUGAAGACCUUUGACGCUUUCCCUAAAACAAAGGCAUCCUACACAACCCCAACCCACCGUGGUGGUCAAUGGACCGUUCUGAUCCUCAUCGUCUGCACACUAUUCACCUUCACCGAAUUCAAAACGUGGUGGCGCGGUACAGAACAGCACCACUUCAGCGUGGAAAAGGGCGUCUCCCAUGAGCUGCAGCUCAAUCUCGAUAUCGUGAUUAAUAUGCCCUGUGAUGAUCUCCGCGUCAACAUCCAAGAUGCAGCCGGUGACCGCAUUAUGGCUGGUGAUCUACUGAAACGCGAGCAAACGAACUGGAGCCUAUGGAUGCAGAAGCGGAAUAAGGACAAGCACCAGUAUCAAACUCUGAGCCAUGAGGAGGACGAUCGAUUGUCACAACAGGAGGCGGAUGCGCACGCCGGCCAUGUACUGGGUGAAGUGAGAAGGAACCCUCGAAAGAAAUUCGCGAAGGGCCCGUCCAUGCGUUGGGGCGAUACUGUGGACUCUUGUCGAAUUUACGGCAGCUUGGAAGGCAAUAAGGUGCAGGGCGAUUUCCAUAUUACUGCGCGGGGGCAUGGUUAUAGGGAAUUUGCGCCUCAUUUGGAGCACAAUGCAUUCAAUUUCUCCCACAUGAUCACCGAGCUCUCCUUUGGUCCCCAUUUCCCAACCCUCAUGAACCCACUCGACAAGACCAUCGCCGAGACAGACGCCCACUACUAUAAGUUCCAGUACUUCCUAUCUGUCGUACCAACUCUGUAUACAAAGGGCCGAAGUGCUCUGGAUGCGUACACUCGAUCCCUCAACUCGGUUGCACCUCGUUCGGGCCGGAAUGCCAUCUUCACCAACCAGUAUGCGGCCACUAGCCAAUCUGGCCCACUCGAGGAGAGACCUGUUCUUGUUCCGGGCAUUUUUUUCAAGUAUAACAUUGAGCCAAUUCUUCUGCUUAUAAGUGAAGAGCGAGGUGGAUUUCUGGCCCUUGUUAUCCGGUUGAUUAACACCAUGAGUGGAGUUCUAGUCACUGGUGGUUGGAUUUAUCAAAUCUCAGGCUGGGUCACUGAAGUUGUCGGAAGGAGGAAGAGACAACAGAGCGAAGGUUAUCUAACAGGAAAGCAUUAUAAGGAUUGA